GCCCGUCCCGCACAGCGGUCCCCAGGCCCGCGCACUGCCGCAGCGCGCUAUCCGCUCUCCUCUUUCAGGCGCCGGGCCCGUGUGAUCGCGCCUGCGCGCUCCGCCGUGCGCGGGCGUGAGAAAGGGCGCGCGCCGCUCCCAGGUUCUUCCGGAGGGGCAGAGGAGGGCGAAACUGCUCCCCGCGCGGCAGUGCGCAGGCGUAGCGGCGCGCGGCGCUUUCUUCCGCCUCAGCCACUGCGGCUCCGGCGGCGCGCCAGUCGCUGGGCUGCCCGGUGGGGGGCGCUGCGGGCCGGGGCGCCCGGGGGUGGUCGGGGCCGGGCUAGCUGCCCCGGGGCGGGGCCGCGCGGGCCGGGAUGGGGCGGGCGUCGGGGCGGGGGUCCAAGCCGGCGAGCGGCGGCGGCGGGCACAGGAGAGGCUGCGAACCGAGGCGCAAGGUUCGGACGCGGCGCCAUGCGCGGCCCCCCGGCCUGGCCGCUGCGGCUGCUCCUGAGGCGGGGCCCAGCCGCCCGCGCCCCCGGGACCCGGCCGCCGCCGACGCUCCUGGCGCCGGCGCGGCUUGGGGACUCGGGGCCAUCGCUCCUCGAGGGUAGCGAAGCCGCGCGAGCCCCGCGGUGCCGGGCGGGCCGCUGCCCGGGCGGGGGUCCCGGCAGCCCCGCGGGCGGCGCGGGCCUGGCGCGGCUCCUGGCGCUGUGGACGCGGCCCUCCGGGCCCUCCAGGUGCGGGGCGCUCGCCGGGCCCGGCGUCCCCCGGCUCCCGCGCGCCGCGCUCCCCGGUGGCCCAGCGGCGGUCGCGCGGGCCGGGGGCGAGGCUUGGCUGCGCGAGCCGGCCUUGCCUGCGGCCGCGGCGACCCCCGGACACGACCCGCUGCAGCGGCCUGUGGCUGCCGGGCGCUCGGAGGCCCAGAAGCUCCUAAGGCUGGCGCAGCCCGAGCGCCGGAGGCUGGCAGCUGCAGUUGGGUUUCUGACGGUGUCCAGUGUCAUCACCAUGUCCGCCCCCUUCUUCUUGGGGAAGAUAAUCGACGUCAUUUACACAAACCCCUCUGCGGACUACAGCUCCAGCCUGACCCGCCUCUGCCUGGCGCUCGGCGGCGUGUUCCUGUGCGGCGCCGCGGCCAACGCCGUCCGCGUCUACCUCAUGCAGACGUCAGGUCAGCGCAUCGUGAAUAGGUUGAGAGCUUCGCUCUUUUCCUCGGUUCUGAGGCAGGAGGUCGCUUUCUUUGACAAGACGCGCACCGGAGAGCUGAUCAACCGCCUGUCCUCGGACGCGGCCCUGCUGGGGCGGUCGGUGACCGAGAACCUCUCGGACGGGCUCAGGGCCGGAGCCCAGGCUUCCAUUGGCGUUGGCAUGAUGGUAUGUCGGCCCGGCUGCCGGGGCGCCCUGCGGCCGGGGCUCGGCCCGCGCCCUCUUCUCAGGCGUGAGUUUUUUGUCUCCCCUAAUCUGGCCACUUUUGUUUUGAGUGUGGUGCCUCCAAUAUCCAUCCUUGCUGUGCUUUAUGGCCGAUACCUACGGAAACUGACCAAAGUCACUCAGGACUCCCUGGCACAAGCCACUCAGCUAGCUGAGGAACGUAUUGGAAAUAUAAGAACUGUUCGAGCUUUUGGGAAAGAAAUGACUGAGAUAGAGAAAUACACCAGCAAAGUGGACCAUGUGAUGCAGUUAGCAAGGAAAGAGGCAUUUGCUCGGGCUGGUUUCUUUGGAGCAACCGGGCUCUCUGGGAACCUGAUCGUGCUUUCCGUCCUGUACAAAGGAGGACUGCUGAUGGGCAGUGCCCACAUGACAGUGGGUGAACUCUCUUCCUUCCUAAUGUAUGCUUUCUGGGUUGGAUUAAGCAUUGGAGGUCUGAGCUCCUUCUACUCAGAGCUGAUGAAGGGCCUGGGUGCCGGGGGCCGCCUCUGGGAGCUCCUCGAGAGAGAGCCGGAGCUUCCUUUCAAUGAGGGGGCCAUUUUAAACGAGAAGAGCUUCCAGGGCGCUUUGGAGUUCAAGAACGUGCAUUUCGCCUAUCCAGCUCGCCCAGAGGUGCCCAUAUUCCAGGAUUUCAGCCUUUCUAUCCCAGCAGGAUCCAUCACAGCGCUGGUUGGCCCGAGUGGUUCUGGCAAAUCAACAGUGAUUUCUCUCCUGCUGAGGUUGUACGACGCCAGCGCUGGAACGAUCAGUCUUGAUGGCCGUGACAUCCGUCAGCUAAAUCCAGUCUGGCUGAGAUCCAAGAUUGGGACAGUGAGUCAGGAACCAAUUUUGUUUUCUUGCUCAAUUGCGGAGAACAUUGCCUAUGGUGCAGACGACCCUUCCUCGGUGACGGCUGAGCAGGUAGAGAAAGUGGCUGGUGUAGCCAAUGCAGCUGCUUUCAUCCGACAUUUCCCUCAAGGGUUCAACACUGUGGUCGGAGAAAAGGGUGUUCUCCUCUCAGGUGGGCAGAAACAGCGAAUUGCAAUUGCCCGUGCUCUGCUUAAGAAUCCCAGAAUUCUUCUCCUAGAUGAAGCAACCAGUGCACUGGAUGCUGAAAACGAGUACCUCGUUCAGCAAGCUCUGGAUCGACUGAUGGAAGGAAGGACGGUGUUCAUCAUCGCCCAUCGUCUGUCCACCAUUAAGAAUGCCAAUAUGGUAGCUGUCCUUGACCGGGGGAAGAUCACCGAGUGUGGGAAACACGAAGAACUGCUUUCGAAACCAGACGGGAUAUACAGGAAAUUAAUGAAUAAACAGAGUUUUAUUUCAGCAUAAAGAAGCAAUUAUUGGUAAACUUAAUAUGAGACACUUUAAAUCAAAGCAGCACUGCAGGAAAAACAUUUUUUAAAAACCCAGGCUGUAUGAAAUCUGUAAAUCAUACUUCAAGUUAUUUGAAAUCUGCCUAUUUUUUCCAAAGAUUGUAAAAUAUUGUUUUGAGAUCGACCUGUUCUCAAGACCUUUUUAUUCAGAGUUUUAAUAAUUGUAACUUUCUAAAUGUCUAGUUCACUGAAGUUAUUUUCAGGUUUUGUACUUUUAUCUUGGAAUAUUUUGAUUAAUAUAGCCUGGCACCUCACUUUAUCUGCUGUUAUAAAUUGAAGCUAUUGUCAAAUGACAACUUUUAAAAGGGAAUUAUAAAUAAAGAGCCUAAUUAUUUUAGGCCACUUUACCAAUCACUGUGUAAUCUCUUGGUAGUACUCUACCUACUUUGGGUAUCGUUGUACCAGGUAGCAUAACAGAAGGUGAAAAUCUAACCCUUUAUUUUAUCCUGAUAAUCUCAUAAAGCAAACCUGACAUAUAUAUAUAUGUAUGUGUAUAUAUAUAUAUAUAUAUAUGUAUCUAUAUAUAUGUGUGUAUAUAUAUAUGUAUAUAUAUGUGUGUAUAUAUAUGUGUGUGUGUGUGUAUAUAUAUACACACACACACACACAAAUAGUUAACAUCACAUGGCAAGGAGGGAUCAUGUAUGUUCCCCAUCUCCUCUCUUCAGAGGUGUGAAAGUUCAGGGACAUGUGUUCCUCUGGGCUGAGACUGUGUUUGGAUGUGUGCAUUUUCAACAUUUUUGGCACCUAAGAACCUGAUGAGUUGUGAAAAGGGAAGAGGCCCCAUCCUUUGAAUAUGAGAACUUCUGAUUUCAUUAUUUACAUAUUUGUUUCUGUGAAUUUGGGAAGCCAGGUAUUAUCAAGAAGGAUGUAAAAAUGAAUUUUACACUUAUGUUGUCUGAGGCAUGUAUCUUGAAAAUUAUCUUUUAAGAGUUUAUAAUUCCUAGCCAAAUUGUACAGCUUUUUAUCAGUUACUUAGUUUUGAAAUUUCAUUCAAUGAGGCUAAAUUCCAAAAUUAUUAAUAUAACUGUAAUGUUCAACCUUAAAACAUUUGAAGGAAACUUAUACGUUCUUGCUAUUCUGCAGAAGAUCAAGAAAGCUUAAGAGCUUUUCACUCUUCUGAAAAGAGGACAUAACUAACCAUCUUUCUUUUAUUUGUGGUUGUAGUUUUAUUCACCUAAAUUUCUGAAAAUUCCUCAAGCAAUGCUGACGCCAUUGGAUUUGUCGUAUUUCAUAUCGGCACCAUUAAUUUGCUGUUGCCUCAAGAAAAAGUGCUUUUCUACAUUGAUAAUGCCAGAACCUAAGAAGUGACAAUGUUGAUGUGAUUAAAAUGGACGUUUCCUCGUGUCCUAAGUAUUGAUUAGUUUCCUGAUUAUACUGGAAGAAACCACUAUUUCACGAUAAGCAUGGAGUAUUACAUUUAUUCUACGUAAGGGAAUUUAUUAAUGAAUAAAAUGAGUUCAGUGAAUGAAUGAACUCAGUGUUCUUUGAAUUAGUAAACAGUACAUCUGUGACAGUAACUUUAACAAGCUUUACUUGUUUUCUUCAUGGUUUACUACUAUGGUAUGGUUCUCAGAAAGAUACAAUCACAAGGUUGGAUCUGAGGGAAAUCUCUUUGUGCCAUAGAAAUAUUUACAAAAUUGAAUUUGAUCAUUACAUUUUAUUUUCUUAUACAAUGUGUUAAUUGUGUCUUGGGUAACAUUUUAUGUCAUGGAUUAAAAUUCAAGCACAUUA